AUGUGUGGGGCAAUCAGCACUUACCUGAGGAGCUGGGAGAGGAGCACCUAUCCACAAAUCACGCUCCAGCGCUUCUCUGCAUACCUGCUCCCCAUGUACCGGUACCUCAUCAGCACCUGGCUGCCCAGCGAGGACACAGAGGUCAAACUGGCUGUCCUCAAGGCCCUGGGGCCAAUGCUGAACAUCCUGCUGCCCAGGGAGGAACUGCAAAACCAGAUCUAUGGGGACAUCCCCCUGCUCCUGGCUCAGUAUGGGAAGAACAUCGAGGCCUUUUACAUCACCAAGGUUCUGGGAGAGAUCUUGCAGGCCUCUUCCUCCAACAACCCGAUCCCAGAGAUGUAUGUGGAGGCCAUCUCCCAUACGCUGAGUUACCAGGUCACUUCCAAAGUGCAGUGGCCCUACCGGCUCUGCAGGGAGAACUACACAGAGAUUUCCCACGUCUUCCUGCAGCUCAGAAAGGGGGUGGUGGGCCCUGGGUGUGACCUGCUCCCUGUAGCAAUGGACAGUCUUCCCCGUGCUCCCAUGCUGCGCUGGACAGACACACCCCAAAGCUCUGCACACUCGGACACUGAAGUUCCGAGGAUGGCCAGGCUGAAACACCUGUGCAUCAAAUCAGUGAAAUCAGUUCUUACCGAUGGGAGUCCCAGGGAGCUCUGGGAACGGCUGCUGGGCUGUGUUACCCGCACCCCUUACACUGCACCCCUUACCCGCACCCCUUACACUGAUUCCAUGACUUCCCUGUGCCGCUGCCUGAGGGUCCUGGCCACGAAGCGGCAGCAGCACAGACAAGCAGCCCAAGACUGCAGGGAGCCAGGACAUAGCAAGUUCUCUCUGGACCAGACCGCGUGGGAGCACAAGCUGUUGGAGUUCCUCCGAAAGACCUUGGGGAGGAGCAAAGAGGGUGUCUGGAGCCAGGAUCUGAGCCAGGAACUGAUCCGGCAGAUAGGCAGCUAUGCCAGCGCCUCAGUGGAGAAGGCUUUCCUCUACAAGGCUCUGGGCACAGCCCUGGCCAUGAGCAGGGAUGUGGCUUCAGUGACAGGACAGCUCCGGACGCUGCUGUCCAUGGCCGACUAUCUGAAUGGUGCAGAGAUGGAGUGCCUUGGCUCCUGCCUGCAGCUCUGUGCCAGGGAGCAGCUGGAUGCCACCCUGAGAGCUCUGGGCGACUUUGAGGACGAAAUAGCAGAGGGGGAGGAUUCCUGGCAUCUCAACUUAUGCAAGGGCCAGGCCCCACAGGAGAGGAACAGAGUGAAGAGCGCCCUCCUGCUGUUCUACAGCAGUGCAGCAGCCCAGGCGCCCCCCCAGCAGCUGCUCCCUCAGCUGGCGGACAAGAUUGUACCCAAAAUCCUGCACCAUUACAGUACCAGCUCCCAGGUAUCUGCCUGCAGAACUUGGUCCCAAUCUCCAUGCCAUCCCUUCUACCCUCUGAGAUUGGGCUCCCAGGGCCUCACAGGAUCGGACCUCAGGCCCCGGGGAGAGGGCAGCAUGGAUUGA